AUGUCCACCCAAGUCCUCCAGUCUCCGGUCUCCCAAAUGUCGAGGCCACAAAUCGGCAUCGACCGCCUGCCGGCUCGCCGCGUCUCCAAUGAGCCGCGCGAGGCCAUGAACUGCAAGAGCUGCCGCAAGCGAAAGAUCAAGUGCAACAGGACACGCCCGACCUGCGAAGCCUGUCAAGUCUUCAACUGCCCUUGUAUCUACGAUGCUGUUCCUAAAAAGAGAGGACCAAAAACGGACGUGCUCGAGGCUCUUCUCAAGCGCGUAGAUGGCCUGGAGAAGCGUUUGCAUUCAGAAGGCAAGAGCGAAAGCGCCAUCGAAGACGAGCCCGCUGGCCAAGAAGGGGAGCUCGAGCGCAAAUACUCAGCGGCAUCUUCGCAAUCCCGCCCGAACCUCGAGAUUCCUCCGAACAACGCCAGCGCCGCAAAGCAGUUGAUGUCACCAAUUGAGCCAAGCAUACAAACUCCCAGUUUAGCCCCAGACGCACUGCUCGACACCUAUUUUGCCAGACUCCACGGAAAACCAUACCACAUCCUGGACGAGACCACGACCAGACAGCGGCUGCAAGCCAAUCAACUGCCCUCCUACUUAGCCUAUGCCAUCUACGCAGUCAGUGCACGGUUUACGCCCCAUUUCGGUGGGUACAACAACGCCAUUCGGGUUAGCGAUGAAUAUGCACGCCGAGCGCGGAUGGAGCUGGAUAUUGACGAGCCCUCUAUCGAAGCCCUGCAGGCCCUGAUGAUCCUUGCGCAAGCGAACUUUCAGCUAGGCAAGGGCAAGAAGACCUAUAUGUUAUUAACCUCUGCUAUCAGCAUGGCAUUUGCGCUUGACCUGCAUCGCGAACUGCCACUUGCGCUGAAAGUGUCGCAAGGCGAACGCGAAGGCCGACGACGACUGUUUUGGUCUUGCUACCUCAUGGAUCGCUUCGCAGCUGCGGGUUCUAAACGGCCAUCGCUAAUCGCAGAUGAGGCCAUCGUUCUGCGCCUGCCAUCGUGGCAGCUGCAUCCAGGCGGGAUGCUGCUCGAGGGCGACUAUUUUCCUAAUGGUUCAAAUCUGCAAUACAUGGCUGGUGGUCGCGCUGGGCAGGGUAGCAUGGGUAUGCUGAUCGGCAUAGCAAAGAUCCUGGGUAUAACAAACCGGUACCUCGCAGCCGGUGGGGUCCGAGGCGACUCGCAUUUUCCCUGGCACUCCCUUUCGAACCUCUCCAAGAUCCGACAGGAACUCGACAUCUGGGCCUCAGAAACACAAGACACGUUCACUUCAAUCGAUGCACUCUUUGGCCAACCCGACAGCACGAUCCUGGUUCUUAGCAAACUGGUCUAUCACCUGAUACAUUGCCUGAUUUAUCGGCCCUUUUUACCGGUGGACCUUGCCGAGCUGUCUGGAUCCUCACAACACCAAUCAUGGCAGAUCGAAGCGACCAACCUGUGCUUUCUUCAUGCGAAUGCCAUAGCCGAACUGGUCGAGAUAGGCAGGGCUUCUUCUAUCAUCGACUGGCCUGCAUUUGUGGGCUAUUGCGUCUGCACUGCUGGAACGAUCCAUAUCCACGGAGUGCACUACCGCGGACAAGAGGGUGAAGUCUUCUCCGUCAGCCCUGAGUUUCUGUCGCGAGAGAUGCACCAGUUGUCCGAGCUGCGAUUUGUCUGGGCGAGCGUAACACACCAGCGCGAGACCCUACAAAACCUCUACGGAUGUCACAAUGAACUUGUCAAGUCUUUGGCGACUAACCCCAUGCGUUUUUCGUCUGUCUUCCAAUUGGAAGACUUCUUCGACCGGUAUCCGGGCCACGUCUUUGACGGUUCGCACGUCAUCUUCACAGACACCCCGGUAGAGAUCGUUCAAGAAAGCUUGCCAGCAUACAACGUUGACCAGCGAAUUAACCUCUAUAUGAACACUGGUAUGGGCAACCAGAAUGUAUACCACCCGUCUCCAAUCGUACCGUCCAGCAAUACGCAUUCCAGUGGACAUCCCAACAAGAAACGUCGUUCCAAUACCAUGAGCUCCGUUCGAGGUUCACAAGCUGUUCCUGCGCCGCUUCCCACGCCGACGUCAGCAACACACCCUGUGCACUCCGAUGCACGACAAGGCGGCAGUGACGCUGCUGCUAAUCGAGCUCGAUCACCCGCUUCAGCACCGUCAUUCUCGCCUCCUCCGCGAAUCAACUCCACCAAUGGCACACAAAGCAGCAGUCUUAAUCUCCCCUUUUCGCCCAAUUUUACAUUCUCACCGUUGCCGCCGAUACCUAGUCUGGCGCCAACGCCAACCCCCGGUCAGACGCAGGCUCACCCGCCGCCGCCGCAGCCCCACGAGCAAUCACAUAGUGCAUUCGAUCCUAUGCUCAGCAUGCCGACACCAUACGACCAGCAGGCUACACCAGGAGCUACGAGCACAUCAGGAGGCUCUGUGCAUACGGACCCCGACAAAGACCCGUUUCUGAGUCUGCUUGAACAGCUCGCUGAGAAUGAAGUGAGCCGGGGAGGGCCGUCGGAGUUGGAUUACUUCCUGAGCGGCCAAACCGGGUAA